AUGCACCUGCCCGGCUCCCCUCUAAGCAUGGCGGACGGGAGCUUCUCUCUCUCGGCCCACCUGGGCAGGAGCCCCGGCGGCCCCCCGUCCCGGCUGCACAGCAUCGAGGCCAUCCUGGGCUUCCCCAAGGAGGACGGGCUGCUGGGCGCCUUCCAGCCCGUGGGCAGCCCGCGGGCCCUGAAGGAGGCGGACAAGCGGAGCCCCCGGCCCUGCUACCCCAAAAUGCCCGGGGAGCCGCCGGAGGAGCAGGAGAGCGGGGCCGAGGAGUACGAAGAGCCCGGCUGCCUCCAGCACCCGCAGGAGCGGCUCACCCCGCCGCGGCCGGACGCCAAGCUGGCGGACGAGGAGCAGCCCAAGAAGAAGCACCGGCGCAACCGCACCACCUUCACCACCUACCAGCUGCACGAGCUGGAGCGAGCCUUCGAGAAGUCGCACUACCCGGACGUGUACAGCCGCGAGGAGCUGGCCGUCAAGGUCAACCUGCCCGAAGUGCGCGUGCAGGUGUGGUUCCAGAACCGGAGAGCCAAAUGGAGAAGGCAAGAGAAACUGGAAGUCACUUCAAUGAAGCUGCAGGACUCCCCUAUACUCUCCUUCAGCCGAUCCCCCCAGCCCUCCGCCUUGGGAACCAUCAACAACAAUUUACCGCUGGAGUCUUGGCUCACCCCACCGCUGGCUAACAGCACCCCUCUGCAGACUCUGCCCGGCUUCGUGGCUUCCCCCCAAAGCCUCCCCAGCAGCUACACCCCUCCACCUUUCCUGAAUUCGCCGCCACCCAUAAGCCACACCUUGCAGCCCCUGGGGACAAUGGGGCCUCCCCCGCCCUACCAGUGCGGGACCAAUUUUGUGGACAAAUUCCCCUUGGAAGAGACGGAUCCUAGGAACACCAGCAUAGCUGCGUUACGGCUGAAAGCAAAGGAGCAUAUUCAGUCCAUUGGGAAACCGUGGCAGACAAUCUGA